AUGGCUUCUUCUCAAGCAUUUUCGUCUUGUUCCAAAACUGGGUGGGAAAGAAAUUCACAAUCCGCAAAUGAUGGGGGUUGGAGGGGAGGUGGGAUAAUCCCUCAUUGCAAGUGUGGUGAUGUUGUUGUAUCCAAAGUGGCGAGAACUCCCCAAAAUGCUGGGCGAAAACUUUGGGGAUGUCGUCAUUACAAGAUUGAUGAGGAAAUUUCAAUUUUUGUGGCUUAUUUGGUGCAUAACAGGGUGGAUCUUCAAGAGGGAUUUACUGCAACUUUUUCAAAAGGGAAUAAUAAUUCUUUACUUCAAAAACUUUUGGCAAGGUUCAAAACUGAGUUUGCUAUCAAGGAUUUAGGCCAUGUAAAUUACUUUCUUGGUCUAGAGGUUCACUACACUACUGAUGGUAUCUUUCUUAGCCAGACCAAAUACGCUCAAGACAUUUUAUCUCGGGCCCAGAUGUUGGAUGCAAAACCGGCAGUCACACCUCUCCAACCUCAUAUUCAACUGACAACCACAGGAGAUCCAUUCUCUGAUCCCACUCAAUAUCGCUCUCUCGUUGGUGCACUCCAGUAUCUCACUAUAACUCAUCCUGACUUGUCCUACGCGGUAAAUUUGGUUAGUCAAUUUCUUCAAGCUCCAACAAUUGAUCACUUUCAAGCAGUUAAACACAUCCUUCGAUAUGUCAAGGGCACCAUGUCUUAUGGCCUAUCCUUCACCCGUGGAGCUUCCCUUAAUGUUCUUGGAUACUCGGAUGCUGAUUGGGCUCGAUGUAUUGAGACUAGGCGAUCUACCUAUGGUUAUUACAUCUUCUUAGGCGGUAAUCUCAUCUCAUGGAGUGCUAAGAAACAACCAACCGUAGCUCGAUCAAGUUGUGAAUCAGAAUAUAGAGCCAUGGCUAAUGCAGCAGCUGAACUAAUAUGGCUUACUCAUCUUCUACAUGAUCUGCAUAUUUCCCAUCAAGCGCCAACUCUUCUUUGUGACAACAAGAGUGCUAUAUUGCUCUCCCAAAAUCCAGUGGCUCACAAACGCGCUAAACAUAUUGAUAUUGAUUAUCACUUUGUUCGAGAGCUUAUUCUAUCUCACAAACUCAUCACUCAAUUCAUUCCUUCUGAUCUCCAGCUAGCAAACAUAUUCACUAAAAGUCUGCCUCGACCAUUGUUCCAGUUCUUCAGAGCCAAGCUUCACGUUGGACCAAAUCCCACGCAUUGCUUGAGGGGGGAUGAUAGGAAAUAA